GCGAGCGAGGGCACCAUGAUCAACUCAGCGAACGGGAUGGCGUCGGCAGGGGCAUCGUCGUCGUCCUCGGCGGGGGCGGGGGCGGGGGCGGGGGCGAACGCGCCGUCGCCGGGGCUCAAGACCUACUUCAAGACGCCGGAGGGGCGGUACAAGCUUCACUACGAGAAGGGACACCCCUCCGGCCUGAUGCACUACGUCCAGGGCAAGACCGUCACUCAGGCAACUCUAGCUCAUCUGAAGGACAGGCCGUCCCCACCAACUCCACCGGCUCAAUCAUCGUCUGGCUUUAGUGCCAGCAGCGGUGUACGAUCGGCUGCUGCAAGGCUGUUGGGUGGCAGCAACGGGAGCCGUGCUCUAAGCUUUGUGGGAGGAAAUGGUGGGAGUAAGAGUAUCAGUGCAAGUAGUAGACUUGGUUCAUUGGGCGUCUCAAGUUCGAGUAAUUCGACUUCGAAUUCAAAUUUUGACGGUAGAGGAACUUACUUGAUCUUCAAUAUGGGAGAUGGACUUUUUAUAAGUGAUUUGAAUUCUCAAGACAAGGAACCUAUGAAGGCCAUCUACUUUAACAACGUCUACCCAGUUUGCCAUGCGUUUGACCAGGAUGCUAAGGAAGGGCAUGAUUUGGUCAUUGGUUUGAGUACUGGUGAUGUAUAUUCUGUGUCGCUCAGACAACAAUUACAAGACAGUGGAAAGAAGCUUAUUGGGGCUCAGCAUUAUAACAAAGAUGGUUCAGUUAAUGGCAGUCGCUGUACUUGUAUCGCAUGGGUGCCUGGAGGUGAUGGGGCUUUUGUUGUUGCACACGUUGAUGGAAAUUUGUAUGUUUAUGAGAAGAGCAAAGAUGGUGCAGGUGAUUCAUCAUUCCCUGCCAUCAAGGAUCAAACUCAGUUUUCAGUGGCACAUGCGCGCUACAGCAAGAGUAACCCCAUAGCCCGGUGGCAUAUUUGCCAAGGUUCAAUUAAUAGCAUGGUAUUCUCAACAGACGGAGCCUAUUUAGCAGCUGUUGGAAGAGAUGGAUAUUUGAGAGUCUUUGACUAUUCGAAGGAACAGCUGAUAUGUGGUGGCAAAAGUUAUUAUGGUGCUUUGUUAUGUUGUGCUUGGAGCAUGGACGGAAAAUACAUCCUUGCUGGAGGUGAAGAUGACCUGGUGCAGGUCUGGAGUAUGGAAGAAAGGAAGGUUGUUGCCUGGGGCGAGGGGCACAAUUCAUGGGUCAGUGGAGUGGCUUUUGAUUCAUACUGGUCACCGCCCAAUGCUGAUGACACAGGGGAGUCUGUGAUGUACCGGUUCGGUUCAGUGGGUCAGGAUACGCAGUUGCUUUUGUGGGACUUGGAGUUGGACGAAAUUGUGGUCCCACUGAGGCGCCCUCCAGGUGGCUCGCCCACCUUCAGUACUGGAAGCCAGUCUGCACAUUGGGACAGCACUCCUCCAGUAGGUAUCCUUCAACCGGCUCCUAGCAUGCGAGAUGUCCCAAAAUUAUCUCCUCUGGUUGCUCAUAGAGUGCACACGGAACCUCUCUCUGGCUUGAUAUUCACCCAAGAGUCAGUUUUGACGGUAUGCCGGGAGGGUCACACAAAAGUUUGGAUGAGACCUGGGGUUGCUGAAAGUCAAGCAAGCAACGUGGAGACAGUUUUGAGUACUAGCUUGAAGGAUAAGCCUCCAUCAACAAAGGUUAAUUAUUCCGGACAAGCAAUGACCGGUACCAAUGGUGGUUUUUUCCAUGGAAGCAGAAUAUUUGGUCACUGACGUGGCCCUGUCAUGUUGUUCAUUCAGUUGGUUUGUGUAAAUGUAAUCUAAUUUUUGUUGGGUUGGCCAACUGGUUCCUUUGUAUAUUCGGGAUAAAGGUGCAAUUGAUGGCACUGAUGAGUAUGGAAAGGAGAUGUAGGUAGUACAAGGAUUGAAGCAUGAAAGUGACGUCGACAAAAUUGAAUUCUGCCCAAAUGAGUUAUUUAUAGAAUGGCCCUUUUGAGUAUGA